UAACGUCCCCACUUCCCACACUUCCCACUUCACCCUAUGCGUCCAAGCGGGUACUGAACACUUCAAUUCUGACCACAAAAAAUGAUGAUAGCUCCUGCUUGGACCUUCUGCAAUUCAAACGCUCCUGAAAACUUCUCUUGGGGCAGAGGCCAAAGCCCAAAUGGAAACGCAGAUAAGAAACCUUAUAUCUUGAUCAACCAAAGAAGCUCCAAAUCAAUUCGCAACAAUUCAAAUCGACCCAAGAUAAGGAGCUCUUUAGUCAGCCCUCAUGAUCUCUCUUUUACUCGCACUCUAUACUCUUACGUGGAUUCUGGGUGUAUAGACAAAGCUAUUGCCCUGCUUGAGGUUGCCAAGAACCCAGAUCCCUUCCUUUGGAACAUCAUGAUCAGGGCUUCUACGGAUAAUGGGUUAUACCAGGAGGCCAUUGAAAUUUACCACCGCAUGCAGUUUGCAGGUGUGAAGGGCGAUAAUUACACGUUCCCUUUUCUAAUUAAGUCUUGCACUGCUUUAUCCUCCUUUGUAGAAGGCUUCAAGGUUCAUUCGAGGCUGAUCAAGUUCGGAUUGGACUCUGAUAUUUACAUUUGCAAUUCCCUCAUCGUUAUGUAUGCGAAGCUUGGAUAUAUUGAGUUCGCAGAGAAAGUGUUCGAAGAAAUGCCCUUGAGAGAUUUAGUUUCAUGGAAUUCUAUGAUUAGUGGGUAUGUCUCAGUUGGGGAUGGGAGGAAAUCUUUGUUGUGCUUCCAGGAAAUGCAGGCGCUUGGAUUUGAUCCUGACAGGUUUGGAAUCAUCAGUGCUCUUGUGGCCUGUUCUCUAGAGAAUAAUCCACGAGGAGGAAAGGAAAUCCACUGUUAUGUGGUCAAAUGCAUGUUUGAAAUGGAUCUCAUGAUCCAAACCUCACUGCUCGACAUGUACAGCAAAUGUGGAAGACUGGAUUACGCUGAGAGGUUGUUUGAUAGGAUUUCUUCAAGAAACGUUGUGGCCUGGAAUGCAAUGAUAGGUGGCUAUGCUCAGAACGCUCAUCCCCUCAAAGCAUUGUCCUGCUUGAUGAAGAUGCAAAAUACUGAUAAUUUGAAACCUGAUGUGAUCACUAUGGUGAAUGUGCUCUCUGCUUGUGCACAAUUAGAAGGUCUUUUGCAGGGAAAAUCCAUCCACAGCUUUGCCAUAAGGCAAGGGUUUCUGCCGCAUUUGGUUUUGGAGACUAGCUUUGUUGAUAUGUAUGGAAGAUGUGGAAAGCCAAAAUUGGCAGAGCGUGUAUUUUACCUGAUGAAAGAAAGAAACUUAACAUCAUGGAAUGCCAUGGUUGGGGCUUAUGCUCAUAAUGGGUGGAACAUAGAUGCCCUGAAUCUAUUUAGAUACCUACAGAAAGGGCCUCUCAACCCAGAUGCUGUUACAAUUACAAGCAUCCUACCUGCUUAUGCGGAAUUAGCCUCACUAAGAGAAGGGAGGCAGAUCCAUGGUUACAUCACAAAAUUAGAGUCCGGUCAUAAUAACUUUGUCUCAAAUUCUGUAAUGUACAUGUAUGCAAAAUGUGGUGACCUUUCUACCGCAAGGGAGGUUUUUGACAGUAUGACAUCUAAGAAUGUGAUUUCAUGGAACACAGUCAUCAUGGCAUAUGCGAUUCAUGGGUGUGGUAGAAUUGCUCUUGAAUUGUUCUCUGAGAUGCAGGAGAAGGGAUUUGAACCAAAUCGGAGUACUUUUGUUUCAGUGCUAUCCUCAUGCAGCAUUGCUGGCCUGGUUGAUGAAGGAUGGGAGUAUUUCAAUUCCAUGAAAAGGGACUACAACAUUGAUCCUGGAAUAGAGCACUAUGGAUGUAUGGUGGAUCUUCUAGGUCGUACUGGAAAUCUUGAAGCAGCCAAAUGUUUCAUAGAGGAGAUGCCCUUAGUCCCAACAGCGAGGAUAUGGGGAUCACUACUGACUGCUAGUAGAAACCAUGGAAACAUACAAUUAGCAGAGUUUGCAGCAGAGCACAUUCUUAGAUUGGAACAUAACAAUACUGGGUGUUACAUUCUGCUUGCUAACAUGUAUGCUGAAGCUGGGACGUGGGCAGAUGUAGAGAGGUUGAAAUCUCUUAUGAGGGAAGAAGGCUUACAGAAGACAAUUGGGUACAGCAUGGUUGAGCUGAACAGUAAGACAUGUGGCUUCAUCAAUGGUGACAGGUCCCACACUGAAACAACCACAAUCUAUGACGUUUUAGAUGUCAUAUCGAGGCUAAUAGGGGAGCCCGAUUACAUUUCUAGUACUUCAAGGUUUAGCGUAGUAGAUUUUACGAAGAAAAAGAUGGGCUUACCCGGCUAUCAUGGUGUGAGGUUGGCAAUUUGUUUUGGUUUGAUCUCCACAGCUGUUGGGACUCCCAUCCUUCUAAGAAACAAUGUGAGAAUAUGUGAGGAUUGUCAUGGUGCUGCGAAGCAGAUCUCCAAGGUUACCAGAAGAGAAAUAAUAGUAGGGGAUGCAAGGAUCUAUCACUACUUCAGAGGUGGAUAUUGCUCAUGUGGUGAUUAUUGGUGAUUAUUUUUGUUUAGGCACACUAAAAAUUGAACAGCUACACAGUUUUCCUU